UUCUGGGUAAUAUUCCUGCCCACAGGGAGUCCAAACAAAAAUGGCGCCCAAAAACUUGGGGAGGAAUGGAGCUCCCAGGCCUUCCAGACUAGCGCCUGAAAAGAAGGUGUAUCGUCCAGGGACAGCGGGCGAUCUCGGAUUACCUAAUAUUUCUAGACCCAUGUGCUAUAUGCUGGUGUGUGUGGUGGCGGCUGGCUGCUAUCUCAACAGCCUUCCCGGAGAUUUUGUGCACGACGAUGUGAUGGCGAUCAAAACCAACAAAGAUGUUUUGGGGAAAACGCCCCUCUCUGAAGUUUUCAUGAAUGAUUUCUGGGGGAAGAGAAUGUCGGAUAACACCAGCCACAAGUCGUACCGGCCCCUGUGUGUCCUCACGUUUAGAAUCAACCACCUGGUGGGAGGGCUGGACCCCUCGGGGUUCCAUGCUGUGAAUGUGCUGCUGCACACAGCUGUGACGGUGCUGUACAUGUACGUGUGUGAACAGGUGGUGUUCAGCUGUGUCCACCUGUCCCUGCUGGCUGGCCUCAUGUUUGCUGUUCAUCCAGUCCACACUGAAGCGGUGAGUGGUAUUGUUGGUCGAGCGGAUGUUCUGGCUGGGCUGUUAUUCCUUCUGUCGUUCCUGGCCUUCACAAAAAGUGUAUCUACAGUGUGCAGCAGUCUGGAGUUCCCUCCCGUGGUGUACCACAGACAGUACACCCUGUGCCUGGUGCUGGCAGGCUGUGCCAUGCUGGUGAAGGAACAGGGCAUCACCGUGCUGGGUGUGUGUGUGCUGUAUGACACCAUCAUCUGCAGGAGGGGCAUUCUCAGACAUGUGAGGGAGCGCAGUGUUUCUGGAUUUCUACAGGACAGCAGACCAUUCCUCAAGAGAAGUGCUGUUACAGGCAUGGUGGUCCUGUGUUUGCUGUGUUUCCGGGUGUGGAUGUUGAAUGGCACACUACCCCAGUUCUCUGACACACAUGUA